UUCAGCCGGCGGCAGGGGAAGUCCCGGCGCCCGGCGCAGCCACCCUCCCGUGCAGCCGAGCCGAGCCGCGCUCCGGCCGCCCGCUCGGCCGCCGUCCCCGGCGGCCCCAUGCCCCGAUGCCCCGCGGGGGCCAUGGACGAGGGGCCCGUGGACCUGCGCACCCGGCCCAAGGCCGCCGGGCCCCCCGGCGCCGCGCUGCCGCUCCGCAAGCGCCCGCUGCGCGCGCCCUCCCCGGAACCCGCCGCCCCCCGCGGCGCCGCGGGCCCCGUUGUCACCCCGGAUCCCCUAGGCGGCGGCUCCGACUCCCCGGCGGUCCCCGCGGCCCCCCACGGACUGGCCCGGCCAGAGGCGCUUUACUACCAGGGACCUCUACUGCCCCUGUACCCGACCCCGACCAUGGGCUCUCUCUUUCCUCUCCUGAACGUGCCUACACCCCUGUACCCCAUGGUGUGCUCCAUGGAACAUCCCCUAUCGGCUGACAUCGCCAUGGCCACCCGUGCAGAUGAGGACGGAGACACGCCACUCCACAUUGCCGUGGUGCAGGGCAAUCUGCCUGCUGUGCAUCGGCUCGUCAACCUCUUCCAGCAUGGGGGCCGGGAGCUGGAUAUCUACAACAACCUACGACAGACACCGCUACACCUGGCUGUGAUCACCACACUGCCAUCUGUGGUCCGGCUCCUCGUGAUGGCCGGUGCCAGCCCCAUGGCACUGGACCGUCAUGGCCAGACAGCAGCCCACCUGGCGUGUGAGCACCGCAGCCCGACCUGCCUCCGGGCCCUGCUGGACAGCGCAGCCCCGGGCACCGUGGACCUAGAGGCCCGCAAUUACGACGGGCUCACCGCCUUACACGUGGCCGUGAACAUGGAGUGCCCCGAAGCCGUGCUGCUCUUGCUGGAGCGAGGCGCAGACAUCGAUGCGGUGGACAUUAAAAGCGGCCGCUCCCCCCUCAUCCACGCAGUGGAAAACAACAGCCUGAGCAUGGUGCAGCUCCUGCUGCAGCACGGCGCCAACGUGAACGCGCAGAUGUACUCGGGCAGUUCGGCGCUGCACUCCGCGUCUGGCCGCGGGCUCCUCCCGCUCGUGCGCACGCUGGUCCGCAGCGGCGCCGACAGUGGCCUCAAGAACUGCCACAACGACACGCCGCUCAUGGUGGCGCGCAGCCGCCGGGUCAUCGACAUCCUGAGGGGGAAGGCGACCAGGCCCGCUCCUGCAUCACAGCCAGAGCCCUCGCCGGACCGCAGUGCCACCACCUCCCCGGAGAGCAGUAGCCUCCUCAGCUCCAAUGGUCUCCUUUCUGCAUCACCCUCCUCCUCGCCCUCCCAGUCUCCCCCCAAGGACCCACCUGGAUUCCCCAUGGCUCCCCCCAAUUUCUUCCUUCCUCCCUCAUCUCCACCUGCCUUCCUGACCUUCGCUGGGGUCCUCCGAGCCCCUGGCCGGCCGGUGCCCCCCUCUUCAGCUCCAGGAGGCAGCUGAGAGGGAUGGGGGGGCAGAUCUCAGACUCAUGCGGAGCGACCUCCCUGCCCUGUUGGGGUCAAGCCUCCUGGAAACUGUGAAAACCUCACUCUGCCCCCCCCCCCCCCCAAUCUUCAGGACCAGGAUUUGCACAGAGGCACAAGCAUCUACCCAUAAGCCCCCUCUUCCGAGCAAAGAUAUCUUCGCGCCCCGUGUCCCCCACACAGGACUCUUACACCUUUUAUCCUCUGGCACCAGGCCCCUGUCUUGAGUUCCGCCCAAAUUCCUUCUCCUCUCCCAGAGCUGGUGGAACCAGGGAAUCACCACUCCCCUCCCCCCCCUACCCAGAUGGAUGAGGAGGGGCAGAUGGGCUGUAGCCAGGCACUGAUAACAAUGUAAAUUAUUAGGCAUUUUGGUUAGAUUUCUUUUGUAAUAAACUAUUUUUGUACCAUA